AUGUAUGCGGCUCCUGCUCGUCCAAUACACGCCGCUACUCCUCCGCUGGAGCCCCGCGGCCGCGAUUCGCUCUUCGCUGCGCAGAGGUCACCAGCCAACCCGACGUCGCACGGCAUCGAGCUCAAGCCUGUGACGAUCCUGCGUGACUCUUUCCUUCCCAGGCUCGCAGAUCUGCCGGCUGCUGACGCGCCGACCUGCACAGCCGAUCAGUACCGCAGCAUGUUCCGCUUCCAGCACUUCAACGCCGUGCAAAGCAGCGUGCUGGACGACGUGCUGCACUCCGACAUCAACGUCGUUCUGGCGGCGCCGACUGGAUCAGGCAAGACGGGCGCUUUCGAGCUGGGCAUCAUCCGCAUGUUGCAUACGCAGGAUGCCAGCGCCAAGGCCGUCUACUUGGCGCCGACAAAGGCGCUGUGCACAGAGCGAGCGAGCGACUGGAAGGCCAGGAUGGACCAUCUCGGCUGCCGCGUUGCGGAACUGACGGGCGAUACGAAUGCCAGCUCGGGGCUCGAGCAGGCCAAGCGCGCACGGGUCAUCGUGGCGACGCCGGAGAAGUGGGACAGCAUCACGCGCCGCUGGAAUGACAACGAGCCGAUGCUCAGGUCUGUCAAGCUGCUCCUCGUCGAUGAGGUGAGGCUCCUCAGCAUGCAGCGCGGAAGAGGCGCAUGCAUCGAAUGCGUCGUCUCGAGAAUGCGCACGUAUGGCUCGAACGUGCGCGUAGUGGUGCUCAGCGCCACAGUUCCGAACGCCGAGGACAUUGCGACAUGGCUUGGCUCCGGCUCGCAGGUUGCCAAGCUGCACAAGUUCGGCGAGGCGUAUCGCCCUUGCCCGCUCACGAGACACGUCUAUGCCUAUCCCAAUCCCAAGGGCGAUCAGUGGAGCUUCAUGCAUGCGCUCAACUCCAAGCUUGUCGGCAUCAUGCAGCAGCACGCCGAGAGCAAGCCGACGCUCAUCUUCGUGCCGACACGCAAGGCCGCCUCGCAGGCGGCGCUGGCCAUCCUGAAGGACUACAAGGCCACAUACACGCGCAACGAGCCGGGGCCAUGGCGUCGCCCGCAGCUUAAUGAGCCGCUCGUGUACAAGGAUAAGGCGCUGACUGAGCUGGCGCCGUUCGGUAUCGCCUUCCACCACGCCGGACUGGACCUGACCGACCGCCGCGCGGUAGAGGCGAACUUCCUCAAAGGGCGCAUCAAUGCGCUGUGCUCGACGAGCUCCCUCGCCGUCGGCGUCAAUCUGCCUGCGUACCUCGUCAUCAUCCGUGGCACGCAGUCAUUCGAUGGCGCAUGGCGCGAGAUGAACGAGAUCGACCUGCUGCAGGCCGUCGGGCGGGCCGGACGGCCGCAGUUCGACACCUCGGGCUGCUGCGUUAUCCUCACUGAGCAGCAGCACAAGGAGCGCUGGCAACGUCUCCUCGCCGGCUCUACGCCGAUUGAGAGCACGCUGCAUCUCGACCUCGUCGAGCACAUCAACGCAGAGAUCGGCCUGCGUGGCCAGACGGACGAGGCUGCUCUGCGGCGCUUCCUCGCCACCACUUUUCUGUUCGUGCGUCUUCGACAGAACCCGGCGCACUACGAUAGCCUGCUGCAGAAGGGAGGCGGUCCGCGAGAGACGGCGCCCGACGUCGUGAUGGACAGGCUACUGCAGGAGACGCUUGUCAAGCUCGGGGCUCACGACCUGAUCGCGGCGCGCCCGCAAGCGACCUCGCCUGUCUGCUCGAACGACCGUGGCCACAUCCUGUCGCAGUACUUUCUGUCGCUCAAGACGAUGGCUACCCUUUGCGAUCUCAAGCUCAACUCGAGCGUCAAGGAUGUGCUCGAGGCGCUCUGCAACGCCGAGGAGUACAGCGAGAUCCGCAUCAGGCAGGGCGAGAAGGCGCCUCUUGUGACUCUGCGCAGCAACCCGGACAUACGCUAUCCGCCUGCCAAGGUCGUAGGCGGGCCAGAGAAGCGCUCGCUCCUGAUCCAGGCCACACUCGCUGGCCUGCCGCUGGCCGAGCUGCUCGCUACAGAGGGUGGCGCCGCUUUCAGCCCGAUGAGUGAUUGCUUCGUCCUGUUCCGUCACGCUUCGCGCAUGUGA